AUGAUUACUACAGAACCUCAACCUCAAGCCAAGGUUCAAAGGAUUUCAUUUGAUGAGAAUGAUCUUGAACGAGAUCCUGCACUAGGUAUUCCAAUAUGGAUUCAUCCGGUUUAUAAUAAAGAUGAAGUUAGACGUGCUUAUGUCAAAUGGGGACCAAAUCAACCUGUCUUGGCCAAGUAUCCGAGGGCUAAAAGUGGAGAUCAAAACCGAAGAUUUCAACAAAGUUGGUUCAUAAAAUUUCCAUGGUUAGAGUACUCUAUUUCAAAGGAUGCAGCAUUUUGCUUUCCGUGCUUUGUUUUUCAAGAUCGCGAACCUUUACAUUCUGCUUUUAUCAUUAAUGGUUUCACUAGUUGGAAAAGAGUGAACAAUAGGGCCAUAUGUGUAUUCUUAGCACAUAUGGGAGGUCCUACUUCCCUACACAAUAAUGCAGUGAGAAAUGUUGAGGCGUUGAAGAAUAUAUCUCAGCAUAUCGAUAAAGUCAUAAAUGUUCAAAUGUUCGAUGGCUUACUUUACAAGGAUUGCGCUUUGAGAGGUCAUGAUAAAUCUUUAACGUCAAAGAACCGUGGUAAUCUAGUUGAGUUGAUUAGUUUGAUAGGAAAGCUGAAUGUUGAGAUUGAUGAUGUUGUCUUAGAAGAAGCUCCGGGAAAUGCAAAAUAUACGUCUCACUUGAUCCAAAAGGAUAUUUUGCAUAUCCUAUCCACAAAAGUGAGAAACAAAAUUCGUGAGGAAGUUGGGAAUGCAAGGUUUUGUAUUUUGGUUGAUGAAGCAAAGGAUGCAUCGAAUAGAGAACAAAUGGCGAUUAAUCAAAUAUCGCAAGUUGUCACUCGACACAAUUUGCGCAUCCGAGAUUUACGAGGUCAGGGAUAUGAUGGUGCCAGCAACAUGCAUGGUGCAUGGAACGGAUUACAAGCUUUAUUUCGCAGUGACUGCGAGUAUGCAUACUAUGUUCAUUGUUUUGCUCAUUGUCUACAACUUGCUUUAGUUGCAAUUGUCGAGAAAGAGAUUUUAGUUUGGCUAUUAUUUUCAAAAUUGACUUGCAUUGUCAAUCUUGUUAGCACUUCUCCUAAACGGCAUACCGAGUUACGAUCUAGCUAA